AUGACCGGCUCCUCAUCAUCCUCCUCUUCUUCUCCUUCUCUCACUACUCUCUCUUCUUCUAAUAUUAAACACAACCUGCCUAUUGUCCUUGACAUGGAAAACGUGCAAUAUGCUACAUGGGCGGAGCUUUUCAAAAUUCACGCACGUUCUCAUAGGGUCAUUGACUAUAUUAUUCCCACGUCGAAAACCAUACCUCCCUCUACCGAUGCUGCCAAGGAGGAAUGGAUCACCAUUGAUGCGACGGUAUUAAAAUGGAUUUACGCCACUAUCUCCGAUGAUCUUCUUAAUACCAUUCUUGAUCCCGACUUGUCGGCUCAACAGGCGUGGGAACGACUUCUGGAUAUUUUUCAAGACAACAAGUCUUCCCGUGCUAUCACUUUGGAACAGGAAUUCUCCAAUACGGCUAUGGAGGAUUUUCCUAAUGGUUCGGCAUACUGCCAACGUUUGAAAAUGUUGGCCAACCAACUCAAAAAUGUUGGCGUUCCUAUCUCUAACAAUCUUCUUGUUCUACAGAUGGUUGCGGGACUUACGGAGGCGUAA